GUUUCACUCACUGGCCAGGGUUUCUCUCAUUCUUUUGCUACUACUACUGCGUAGAGCGCAGAGAGAGAGAGAGCUCUGCCUCAGCAAAAAUGGCAGAAACCCUAAGAAUUCAGGCCCCCUCUUCUGUGGGUUUCUGCAACAUGCAUGGGUACCCUAGGUCCCUUCCCAGGACCCUCCUUUUCAAGAAUUUUGCAGGCCUUCGACCCCAAUUGAUGAGAGCGUCAUCAAAUUUGAUCCGUACUGGAAGCUGUACUAGAAGUCGGGGUAUCUCUUAUUUCAAAGGAAAUUGCAGACUAUCAGUUAUCGCCAUGGCUUCUGAAGAAGCAAAGCGUGCUGUGCCUCUCAAGGAUUAUAGGAAUAUUGGAAUUAUGGCUCACAUUGAUGCAGGGAAGACAACUACGACAGAACGUAUCCUUUAUUACACUGGAAGAAAUUACAAGAUCGGUGAGGUGCAUGAGGGUACUGCUACAAUGGACUGGAUGGAACAAGAACAAGAAAGGGGCAUAACCAUUACUUCUGCUGCAACAACUACAUUUUGGAACAACCACAGGAUCAACAUCAUCGACACCCCUGGCCAUGUGGACUUCACGCUCGAGGUGGAGCGAGCUCUCAGAGUCCUUGAUGGUGCUGUCUGCUUGUUUGACAGUGUUGCGGGUGUGGAGCCUCAGUCUGAAACUGUAUGGAGACAAGCUGACAAGUACGGGGUACCUAGGAUAUGCUUCGUCAACAAAAUGGAUCGUCUUGGGGCCAAUUUCUUUAGAACAAGGGAUAUGAUUGUCACCAACUUGGGUGCAAAACCUCUGGUCCUCCAACUUCCAUUGGGUGCAGAAGAUAGUUUUCAAGGAAUUAUUGAUCUAUUGAAGAUGAAAGCUGUGGUGUGGUCUGGAGAAGAACUGGGUGCCAAAUUUGCCUAUGAGGAUAUCCCAGAUGAUCUCAAAGAUUUAGCUCAGGACUACAGAACCCAAAUGAUUGAUGCAGUGGUUGAGCUAGAUGACAAAGCUAUGGAGAAUUACCUAGAAGGUAUUGAACCGGACGAGCAAACUCUCAAGAAGUUGAUAAGGAAGGGGACGAUAGAUAGCAAUUUUGUUCCGGUUUUAUGUGGUUCGGCUUUUAAAAACAAGGGGGUGCAGCCAUUGCUUGAUGCUAUCGUGGACUAUUUGCCUUCUCCACUUGACUUGCCUCCCAUGAAAGGGACCGAUCCUGAAGACCCAGAGCUAGUUAUUGAAAGAACUGCCAGUGAUGAUGAACCUUUUGCUGGUUUAGCUUUCAAGAUCAUGAGUGAUCCAUUUGUGGGUUCACUCACAUUUGUGAGAGUGUAUGCUGGCGUGCUGACUGCUGGAUCAUAUGUUCUCAAUUCUAACAAAAACAAGAAGGAAAGAAUCGGCCGGCUAUUAGAGAUGCAUGCUAACAGUAGGGAGGAUGUUAAAGCAGCAUUGACAGGUGACAUUGUUGCGCUCGCUGGAUUGAAAGACACCAUUACUGGUGAGACACUAUGCGAUCCAGACAAACCCGUAGUAUUGGAGCGGAUGGACUUUCCAGAUCCUGUUAUUAAAGUUGCAAUUGAACCAAAAACCAAAGCUGACAUUGAUAAGAUGGCAAGCGGCCUCAUCAAGCUUGCUCAAGAGGACCCAUCCUUCCAUUUCUCAAGAGAUGAAGAGAUUAAUCAGACUGUGAUUGAAGGAAUGGGAGAGCUCCAUCUGGAAAUCAUUGUUGAUCGAUUGAAAAGGGAAUUCAAGGUCGAGGCCAAUGUAGGUGCACCACAAGUCAACUAUCGUGAGAGCAUAUCAAAAGAAUCUGAAGUGAAAUAUGUUCAUAAGAAGCAGUCGGGCGGACAGGGCCAGUUUGCCGAUGUGACCAUAAGGUUUGAGCCCAUGGAACCAGGGAGCGGGUACGAGUUCAAGAGUGCGAUAAAGGGAGGUGCGGUGCCAAAGGAGUACAUCCCUGGGGUGAUGAAGGGGCUGGAGGAGUGCAUGAGCAAUGGCAUCCUCGCUGGCUACCCUGUAGUUGAUGUGCGUGCUGUCUUGGUUGACGGGUCAUACCAUGAUGUGGAUUCAAGUGUGCUUGCCUUCCAGCUGGCAGCUCGUGGUGCCUUCCGAGAUGGUAUGAGGAAGGCUGGACCAAGACUGCUUGAACCCAUAAUGAAGGUGGAGGUGGUCACCCCCGAAGAGCACUUGGGGGAUGUCAUUGGUGAUCUCAACUCUAGAAGAGGACAGAUCAACAGCUUUGGAGACAAGCCCGGGGGUCUCAAGGUGGUGGAUGCGUUGGUACCCUUGGCUGAGAUGUUUCAAUACGUGAGCACACUGAGGGGCAUGACAAAAGGACGUGCUUCUUACACCAUGCAGGUCGCGAAGUUUGAUGUGGUGCCCCAACACAUUCAAACCCAGCUCUCUAACAAAGACCAGCCUGUUGCUGCUUAAAUCAAUCUCACUCUCUCUCUCUCCAUUUAAACCUGCUCCCUUUUAAAAUUGUAUAUUUUAUAUAUCCAAAAUUUUGCGUUGCAGCCAAGCAGCUGUUUCUGAUUAUCAUUUUUUAUGUAUCCCAAAUUGUAUAUUCGGUUUAUGAUAUAAUUUGGGCUGAAGUUUAGCAUGCA